AAGUAACAAAUGCAUGGACUAGUUUUUCUGCAUCAUUUUUAGACAGGAUGCUCCUGAUUUUUGUUCUAUGUGGGAGGUAAACAAACAACAUAUGUGUUUAGUUGUUGUAAGUUAGCUUAGCGACAGCGGACUUCAACCAGGUCAACACUAUCCACUGUCCUUCACUAUGCAAUCUGAGAUCUGUGUGUGUGUGUGUGUGUGUGUGUGUGGUUUAUCCCUCCAUUAACAUCUCACGUUUCUGGAAAGCAAAGAUUUCUUCACUUUCACAUCCUGAACAACCUUCAGACAGGAACGGAGACACAAAGUCACAUUGUUGUGAAGGUACCUGUCUGUCUUUCUAUCAAUGAGAGAUCUGGUCUUAGAAAAGAGAACUCUACAUAUUUAAAGUCUAUGGAUUCAGUCUUGUCCUUCUCUGAGUUUGUUGGGGGUUUUGAAGUCACCUCAGCAGAAUAAUUUAAAACCACUAUCAGGAACUUUCAUCAGGAGUCCUUGCUUGUGUGCACGAAACAAACAUAACAGACCUUCUCUGACUGGUGGUCAGAAACUCCACAGGGUUCCUUUAUGUUGACAGGGUGAUGAUAGCGCUCCACACACACACACAGUCCUUCAGCAGAACGUAACAUUAUAUUGAUGUGUGUGAUGCCUGUUUCACAGAGGUUAUCUCUCCUCCUGGAAACAGAACAGCAGUGUGAAUGUGUUGUCCAUACGUGCAGAGGCCUGUCAACAUGACCGCGGUGUCUCCUUCUGAUUUCCUGUCCUUCAUCUGUUUGAAUAGAAACCACCUCAGGCCAAAACCUCUGAACUGCCCUUGAAGGUUCAGGACAGAGACGACAGCAGGUUCCAGUAAUGACUCAUCUCUAUACAUCUGAAUCAUGGAGUCUGUGUCCAUAUUCACACGUGUCCUGCAGCAGCAGUGUGUUUGUGUGCUGAGACCUCCCUCCUGUACGUCAUAUCGGCCUCUGUGUUCAGCCCUAUAAGAGGCGGACAGACAGGACGACUGACCGUAACAUCACCUGGAGCACCACCUGGAAGCUGUCUGUCAUUGGCCAACCUCUCUGUGACUCACAGGUUGAUGUUCGUGGUCGCGAUCAUGCUCGUCCCUCGUUGCCUGCGUCUGACCGUGAGUGACGUCUGGACUCUUUCCUGCUUACGUCACUUCCUGCUGGAGUUCCUAGGCACCGCCCUCUUCCUGUCUGCCAGCCUAUCAGCUCUCCUGAUAACGCUGCCUGCUGCUGGAAGACCGGCACUGGAUCCUAGGUGUGCCAGCAACCGGAUCCACCCAAACAACCUGAGCGACCUGUUUCUAGACUCGUCUGGACUCGUGCCUGACUCACCUGCGUGUCCUCUGCAGGUGGCGCUGGUAUUUGGUCUGUCUGUUGCCAUGGCAGCGGUCUGUGUGGGCGGGGAAGCUCACUUGAACCCAGCGGUAACCAUAGUGAUGGCGCUGAGCCUGAGGCUUCGUGUGUGCAGGGCAGCUGUGUAUGUGAUUGGCCAGCUGUUAGGGGGCGUGGCCUCAGCUGCAGUGCUGCUGGGACUGACCGGAGACGUGACACCUGCUCUAAACCGUGUCUCCCCUGGAGUCCAGCUCCACCAGGCGCUCGCCGUGGAAAUGCUGGUUACCCUCCAGCUGGUCCUGGUUGUCUUGGCGACAGUUGACGUUCCCCUGCCAGCUGUGGCUCCUCCCCUAUUGGUCGGCCUGGCUGUCAGUCUGGGUCACCUGGUGGCCGUCGGAGCGACAGGUUGUGGGAUGAACCCGGCUCGCUCAUUGGGUCCAGCUGUCGUCACGCUCGACUUCAACAACCACUGGGUGUUCUGGGGGGGGCCUGGUCUGGGAGCGUGUCUUGCUGCUCUCCUGAACGAUCUGUUGCUACGGCCACGCUGGCGUCGCCCCAGAGAGUGGUGGGCGGAGUUAAAACAGCUGUAUGUGUUUGGAGACAAACAGCAGCAGGUGGCGCUGUCACACAUGCCGUAACACACACACACACACACACACACAUUCACCUGUUUUUAGCACUUAGGGGGACUUGCGUUGACAUCUAGUCAUUAGGAGGACACGCAGAAACCUAGACACACAUUACAUUCAUUAUGACUUGUGUGUCUCAUAAUUAUAAAGGAAGAAAUGGUAACUUCAUAUUUAAACAAAUGUAUUGACAUUUACCUUGUGAGGACCAGCGUCCCCACACUGUACCCAACACACGUUAUUACAUGUACACACUGAGCAUUUAUUCCGUAUUACACUCCCAAAUAUUCCAAAUCAAUGAGAUCAUGUGUUUGAAACAAACUGAGAAAUAAACUCUUUUCAUAUUAUCAGAAUAAA